GUCAAAUACGGAAUCUUCGAGUGGGCGUGGCAAUGUUGUAUAGUGUAAUUUGGUAGUAGGCGUUCUUUGUAAUGGACGUGACUUGUAGUCUUGCAGGACGCAGGCGGACCACUGCUUGUUGAAAUGACAAGUGUUGUGCAGUUCGAGUCACUUCUGUUAUCUGACAUAAUUGUACUGUUAUAGCGUAUCACUAGACGGAAAUGCGUAAUCUUUUGCACCCCCUCGGCUUCGUGAAUCGACUGAAUCAAACCUCGCUUUGUGUGCUGAUUCGAUUCUUCCAAACAAACCCUUGGUGGUGAAACUAACUGAGCUUUAAUGCCCAUCAUAUCACACUGACACUCCGCUCAAGCACAGGGUCUCCACUUCAUCCCUAGAACCUUUCAGUGUUUUUCUUCGUGAGUGGUUUUACUUCUCACUGACCACCAACGAGAGGAUAUGAAGAAAGUCCCCGCUCUUCUGCUGCUGGAAUUGUUUACGGUUUAUCACGCUCUGGGACUCAGUCAUGAAGGCUCAGGGGCCAUCAUGUAUCCCAACAGCAACAAUGAGGUGGUGCAUGAGGAGACACAUUACACUCCAGAGUUGGACUAUAAGUAUCCCCAUUGGUGUCGAACACUUAAACUACACAAUGGGCACAUGACAUGUUCCUCCCCACGAGGUGGGAACUAUCGGAACUCCUUAGGCACACGGUGUGCUCUGUCCUGUGAACGAGGAUAUAAACUUCUGGGGCAAUCAUCUGUACAGUGCAUGUCCAGCCGCCGCUGGUCAGGUACUGCUUACUGCAGAGUGGUGCGUUGCCACGUACUUUCUCACAUCCAGCAUGGUACAUACAGCUGUAGCAGGAGCUUUUUGGUUCACUCCAGGUGCGACUACUCCUGCUUUCAAGGCUACCAGAUUGAAGGGGACCGUUAUCGUGUUUGCCAGGAAGGGGGGAGCUGGAGCGGUGCAGAGCCCACUUGUGCAGAUCAUGACCCCCCCAAACUGAAAUGUCCUUUAUCCAGAGUGAAGGUAGCAGAACCAGGAAAACUUACUGCCACAGUGUCCUGGGAACGUCCCACAGCCACCGAUAUGGCUGACACAUCAUUGCAGAUUUUACGAAAUGGACCAGAAUCAGGUUCGGAAUUUAGUGAGGGGCAGUAUGUAAUUCGCUACAAAGUCUAUGACCAGGCCCGGAACAUGGCCACCUGCAAGUUUACAGUGCAUGUUGAAGUCAGGAGAUGUCCUGUACUGAAGGCCCCUUUGCACGGAUACCUGAGCUGCUCAUCUGACGGCAAUAAUUAUGGAGCGGUGUGCGAGUAUCACUGUGAUGCUGGUUAUGAGAGGAGUGGCACCUCCACCCGAGUCUGCCUGUUCAACCGCAGCUGGUCAGAUCAAGCCCCAGAGUGCAUGUUGAUGCAGAUCAAAACUGACAUGAGGUCUGCUGGUGCCCUGCUUGACCAGUUCUAUGAGAAGAGAAGACUUCUCAUUGUGUCAACUCCAAGCGCAACUGACCAGUACUACAAGCUUCAGAACAUCAUGCUGCAGAGAGCUGGAUGUGGUCUGGAUCUUCGACAUGUGACAGUGAUUGAGUUGAUAGGAAUUCCACCUCAAGAAGUGGGCCGGAUUAAAGAACAAUUUCUAGACACUGAGGUCAUUGAGGGUCUCAGGCAGGCUCUACAGAUCACUCGAUCCUACUUCAACAUGGUGUUGCUUGAUGAACUUGGUAUAGACCGGGAACGGUUCAUUAACCCCACCACUUCAGAUGAACUCUACAAUUUCAUUGAGGAGUACCUUCUCACAGAGGAGGAGCAAGAGAGGCUGCAGCUAAACAAAGACCUUUGUGACUGAGGCAGAAAAGAUUCACUCAACAUCAACAUUAAGGGUGCCAUGAACAGCAAAGCGGUGCUUUGCAAGAAUUCUACUUUAUAAAUUUAGAUAGUGUUGCUUUCACACACAUUACAGAUGACUAUAUUGUGGCUGUGCAUCAAAAUACUGGACUUCAGGUCGAUUUUAUGGGUUGAGUUUUUACAUAAACGGAUUUCAUAA